AUGUUGGCUAUUUGUGAUGAAUUAAACCAACAAAAAUUUAUUCUUGAUAUUACUGAUGAUAAAAAGAAUGAUGAAAAUGGGAAGAAUAAUAUAGCCAGUGGUGGUAAAAUGAAAAGAAUAAAACAAGCAAAUGAAAUAUUUACAAUUAUAACAAUAAAAAUGAAAAAUACAUUCGAACCUUCUAAAAAUAAUUGA